AUGAGUGGGAAUAAGAGAUGUUGGGAAGAAAGAGCGAAAAAACUCGAGUAUAAAUAUGUUCAUAAUGUUUACUCAAGUCAAGCAUUAAGUUAUGAUGGUUUGUGUGAUGGGCCUUGGCCUGAAAUAAAGAAUUUCUUGUUUAGUUUACGAGCAGGAAGCUUUGUGGCUGACGUUGGUAAGUUUCUUUGAUAUUUUAGAAGAUAGGGUGAUCUCUAAGUUCUUUCUCAGACCGUUGUAUCGCAGUUGUACUACGCAUGCAGGUCUUACAUUAACUUUCAACUCAACUGAUCUCUCACACCAACUGCCAGAGGCGGCGCUAAAAGCCCCCCCCCCCCCCCUCCCCAUCCCCUCCCACUCCUCUGUUAGUCGGCAAAUUGUUUUCUCAGUCGGCAAAACAUGAAUUUGAAUAGGAAGGAACGAAAAUAAAAUACUUUGAGCAAAACUUAUAGAUAGGGGAAAUGACUCGGCAAAAUUUCACUUACACCCCCCCCCAAAAAAAAAGGCUACGCCGCCCCUGCCAUUAACAGAGCACACCUACAGCCGCGGAACGCUUCGGUUGAUGUUGCUCUCUGCUGCCAUAUUUUUAUUCUCGCUGCAUGCAUUGUUCAUUGUUUCUAAAAAUUGGCCUAUAAUUUAUCUGUGCAGCACGGUGCCACGCUCUUCUUCAACUCGGCUGAUACUCCACUGAAACAUUGGAAUAUAUAACUCAUUUAGUCUAUGUUAGUCAACGUUUAUUCAUAAUUAUGGUCCUUCACCGUCACGUGUGUAUUGUAUUUGUGCCAAAUCUACCAAUAGCAAUUUCCAAUUUACCCUAUUGUUCGAAACUUCGAGUCACGGAUAGGUAACUUUCCGAAAACAUUGCUAUUGGUUAGUUCGACAAAAAUACAAUAUACGCAACGUGACGGUGAAGAACUAGAUUUAGGAAUAAACGUUGACUAACAUAGAUAAUGAGUUAUAUUGUUAUUCUAAUAAGUUUCACAGCCAUCUUCCCUUCGAUAAGCUAUGGAACAACGUACGUACAGCAAGUAAAUUUUACCAGAUUCUUUACAAUCUUAAUCCAGAUAACGUGUUUAUUGUGAACAUGCAUGGACUUCUUAAUUACUUCUUGUUGUUAUUCUAAUGAGUUUCACAGCCAUCUUCGCAUCGAUAGGCUAUGGUUGUUCGUAUUGUGGACUGCUCACGACGUUUACGUGAUCAAGUCAAGUCGGCAAAGAUAUUUCUCUGUAAUAGGGCUUUCUAUUUAUAUUUCAGCAAAUUUCAGCGCUUUUCACGUGAGAAGACUGGAACCUAGCAAUUUGGGGGCGGGGCGAUGCAAGAGCGAAGCGAAAAGUACUGCAUCCUACCACGUGAAGUCGAAUAACCUGAAAAUUAAGUGCCGCCUGCAGAGUAAAGGCGAGGUUGGGCCCUAGGAUAUACGUGUCAAGGUUCUGCAUCACAAAUAUGCAUAAUUAUUAUGAAAUGAAAUUACUAGAGAAUCCAAGCAUUUUAUGUUGUAGAACAACCGUACAAAUGGAUAUGCUUCUAAAAUGCGAUUUUGCAUGUUUGAUAAUAGCAAGGAUAUACAACUUUAUUAUAUACACAAGGUCUGGAUAUCAGGUAUUCUGCAAUCUGAUUGGUUCUCUACUAGCAGGAUAUUAGCUCAUAUAGUCAUAUCCUGCUAGUAGCGAAAAACAAAAUGGCGGCUGAAACUGAAUUUCCGACGUUUGCGAAUGAGAAAACGGCAAGUUGUUCGCUUUUUAUAGCCUUUACAGGAUUAAAAACACAAUGAAAAAACUCCCAAAAAUUGUUUACAGGUUAGCAAAUGAAUUUUUAAAAUUUGAAAUGGUUAAAAGAAUAUAUUUUUGAAAAAAUAAUCGGCCGAAAGAGCGAAGAUAAAAACAUAAACAAAACAGGAAAAUAUUGAAAAUUUCCGAAAAGCAAAGUCUGUGAAUUCAGACCUUGUGUAUAUAAUAAAACAGUUAUUCCACUCACUCUCGUCGAAUAUGAGCGAUAGCCGAUUCGGCGCUACGCGCCUCAUCGGCUAUCAGCUCAUAUUCGACUUGAGUUCGUGGAAUAACUGUUAAUUAUAUGGUUGCACUUUGUGGCGUGGAAACCAUGACACGUGCAUCAAACUAACUGAAAUAUCUAGAAAACGAAGCAACGGAACGAAAAACUGCAAAAGAAGUUGCUCUAUAGUUUUUUUAAAUCAGACAAUAAACAUUUUCGUUUCAUAUGCACUUCUCUUUUCGUUGAAACCUGAAACCAAGACAUCUACUUGUACAUUUACUUUGCGUAAUUACUUUUCCCCCUUACGAAAGGUCACGUAAGGCAUCUGCGGAGGAGAGGGCCGUUUAUACCCUACAAUAUUUCAAAAAAUUACCCUAACCAAUUUCAAGAAAUAAGACGCACUUGAAUAUUUUUAAAAUUAAUACGUCCUUCUGGAAAGUACUGAACGUUGGCUGUACAGCCUCGUUUUCGUGAUUAAAAAUUUUUCCUUAGGAUCCUUCAAAUUGUUACCUACAAACUUACAAACAUUAUGUAUAAUACUGAAUAAAAUUCAAAAUAAAAUUGAGGAUUGAGGUUAUGCGUAUAAAAUGCGACGCUCCAGUAAGAAGACUUCAGUAAUUCUGCAAAUGAUCAAUAUAAUAAAUCAAAUCUCCCAAGUACAAGAUAGAAUAGCCCCUCCUAUAUCACUGCUUACACUAUCUACUUAUUGUUUUGAUUAUGAUUUUCAUACUUGCACGACCGACGAGCAACAGUAUUGCCUGUGCAGUCAGUGCUCAGUGCAUGAUUGUGCCUUUCAUCCCUUCCUGGAAUAUACAUUGUCUGAUUAUAAUUUCGCCUAAUGUACAUGAGAGGUGGGUCGAUACAACUUUAAAUAAUACAACAGUUGGGCAUUUAAAUUUCGCAUUUUUGGGUUUUAUACAUCGUGGAUAUCAGAAUGUUCAAAUAUUUUCAUGUUUCUCCUUUCAAAUUAUUAAAGCAUGCAAAAUUUGAGCAUAGGUCACCAGACAAAAUAAUGAGAUAUAGCGCACAGUGUUUCAAAAAUUGGAUUUUUUAACGAUAUUAGCAGUUGACAUGCAAAACGCUAUACAACACGAGCAAUGACGCAAGAUGGCGUAAGCAAUUCACCACCUCAGGUCAUAUUGGUUAUUGUUAUUGGUGGUAGUUCACAUUCCCGCGGAAAUGACAACCUCGUUCCCAGGCUCUUUGCUCUUGGGAAGCUUCCCAAGAGCAAAGAGCCUGGGAACGAGGUUGCGGAAAUGAAUGACCACCGGUACCAGGUUUGUUCAGUAUGUGGCAUAAAGUUUUGUUUUCGCGAUUUUGUAUAUGGGGUUUUAGGAGGAUUACCAUAUGGAGCACCUUAAGUGAUUAUCUCCACUGGAACUUUAGAGAGAAGAUUAUACUAAUUUCAAACACUCAUUAAUAAUUCAUAAGCUUAUUGGCAAAUCAUGUCAACCAUAAUAUGUCACGUGCCGUGGCUUUUAAACCUAAUAAAACACUCCUGCUCGUUUAUUAAAUAGUACUUUAAAACAGGCUGAUAGAGAUAUCCAGUAUUAAUAAAUUAUUCAUGUUAACCCGUAUCUUAACCGUUGAUAAAAUUUGCUAUAGGCUGUGGAAAUGGCAAGUACCUAGCAGUAAGAAAUGACAUUGUUGUUCAUGGUGUGGAUAUCUGUCAAGAGUUAUCUCAACUAGCUUAUGAACGUCAUAAAAAUAUAAUCAUUGCGAACAACUUGAAUUUACCAUACCGUCCUUCAACAAUGGAUGCAGUUAUAUCAGUGGGUGUAAUUCAUCAUUUUGCUUCGUUUGAACGAAGGUUACAAAGUGUCAAAGAACUUGCACGUAUUCUUAAACCUGGAGGUCAAAUCCUGAUUUAUGUCUGGGCGUGGGAACAAAAACAAAGAAAGGUGUGUAUGUAGAUACUAAUAACUAUUUAUUACUCUAUACUGUGUUUUGAAUGUUCUGUCGAUUUUAUUGGAAUGAUUGGCUUCGCGAAAACAUUUCAUCUUCGGAACGUCAUGUUGGUUUGUCAAAUAGAUAUCGGAAGGAAUCAGGACAAUUUACAACCUCGCACUCAGGCUAUUUUCUCUCACACUCUGGUGCUACGGUCAUCUCUGGGUACGAGGAUGAAGAUUUUGCAACGUUCAAACCACGCCUACGUACAUUCUAACGACCAAACCCAAUUUCCCAAUUAAAUCUCCCAACGUUUUAUAAUAAAUCUCUUUCCGUCAAUCGAAAAACUAUACGGUAGUAUUGAAAAUUCUAACUACUUGAACGGCUACACAUGCAGAAAGAAGAAAUUGUACUAAGAUGCUGUUAACCGUUAGUGCUUUCCAACCUUAUUAACACAAAAUUAAAGAAUUGGUAACUCUCAUAUCAUUAUCUCAUAUCAUUUACGCUAACUCUCUCAUGGUACAUCAGGAGAGUUAAGAAAUGGAGUGUAGUCGUAAAAGUGGGUGUGGUUUGGGCACGACUCGAAAUAAAAAUUCCAGUUUUCAUUCAUCAGUAAUGUUUCCUUGGUUACCAAUGUUGCCUCGAUGUUAAAGUGCAAAAUUAUAUAACUGUUAAAGGGAUAUAACGAUAACAAUUUAGUCUGUCUCAUUUGUGAACACUGAAACAAUUAUAAAUAAAACUCUUUUACCGAUUUUUCCUAUCUCGCUUUGCUCUUGAAAUAUUUUGACUGAAAGCAAUGCACAGUCCGCCAUUUUGGAUUAAUUUUUGAUCUCAUUAACGGUGGUUUUAAUUGGUAUGGUCGUAAACAGGGUUAGAAAUUAUUUCUCCAAGGUGACCGAAUAACAAUUAUAGAAGUGGUUGCCAGUCAAUUUGUUACUGUAAUAAUUUUUGGCUCAUAUUAAUGACGGUUGUGACAUAAAGCCACGUUCAAACGAGUCCCACAUCGUCCAAGAUGCCGGUCAGCUCGGUCAUUUAUAAUGUUUUCAUUCAAAAUAUUUCAAGUACUAAGAAAUAUUUGAAAAACCUGUAAAAAAGUUUUCCAUGCUCUUUCAAAUAAGAGAAAGUAAUUUCAGAAGAAUUCGUUUUCAUUUUAGUUUAGUUCUCACGAUGUGCUAGUUCCAUGGACGCUUGAAAACGAGAAAAGAGAAGGGAAUGGAUUUGACGAUCAUGAUAUACAAACAAAUAAUAUAAAUACGAGAAGGACAUAUUUUCAGACAAAUGGAUGUUUAGACGAACAGAGUGUAACUAAUACUGAAAAUGAAGAUUCAAGAUUUAAGCUGCCAAAUGAGACAAAUACAAGAGAUUUUUUUAGUAACGUUGAUGACGAUCAGUUAUCUGAUAAUGAAGAGCAACAAGGCAAUUCAUCGCUCAUAAAUUCUAUCAAUAAUUUCACUGCAGAGUUGAAAGAAAAACUGCAAAGUUUUUCGUUUUCCAAAGGACGAAAACUACAGUCUGACGAUGGAAGAAAGUUCGAUGAAACAGAUUCCAAUCAAUAUUACCAAUGCCAAACAAAUUGCAAUGGCAAUAGCCUUGUAACAUCAGUAAAAGGUAGUGACGUUUUAUCAGUGAAAUCUAAGCAAAAGCUGGAUAAAACAAAACAAUAUAAAAGGAGUUCUCUGUGCGAUAACGCUAUCUUAGAGUACAACAGUGGAAGGAUGCAUCGAGGGAUAAAUGAUUCAAUAAGCUGUAAUGGAAAUGGUGAAAGUUCCAGUUCACAAGUAGGACGUUUUAAAAGAUUUUAUCAUGUUUUUAUAAAAGACGAAUUGUCAGAACUCGUGCAAAGUGUUCGGGCACUGAAAGUUUUGACACAAUAUUAUGAUCAUGGUAACUGGGUGGUCAAGGCAGAGAAAAGGAAGGGUCCAGAAUAGCAAAAAUUUAUUCAAAGUUUUACGUGAAGGCGUGCGAGGAAAAGAGGAAAUUCGGUUUGUUAACACAAGCUGCAAGAUUGCUGGAAGAAACAUGAACGAACAUGAAAAGUAAUUCUGACUCUUUUUUAAGAUUUUUUUGUAGCAUAGCAAAAUCCUCUGUCUCCAACAUGUUUGGAGCCAGCUGCAUGAAGACCGGAUAGCGCUACCCGGCUACCCACCUGGUAUAGUAACCGUUUUUUUCCAAAACUUUCGGUUGAUUGGUAUAUGACCCGCCAGAUUAAACUUUUCAGGGCCGUAACUAUACGGGAUAUAAAUAAUAUAAUUGAGGGUGGGGGGGGGGGGGGGGGGGGGGGAGUACAUAUUCAUAUAUUCAUGUUCACAUACCGUAAAAGCAAUCGCUUUCAAAGGAAAUCCGUCGGGCAGAACACUCUAAUUACGGUACUGAAACUUUUGCAUUUAUAAAUUGAAGUUUCUAUUUAUUAUUUGUGAGGUUCAUGUCUGCAGCUUUGUAAUUUUUUAGCAUUUUUACAGCUGUCGAAAAAAUCACUAUCCAGUGAAUAACGCUAUCAGGCCUUUGUACAAUCGGCCCGAGUUGCAUGCUGGUUAGCAAAAACAACCGACUGAACAGGAAGCAUGGUGUAUCAUUCCGCAUAAAUUUUAGAGAUAUACAGCGGUAAUUCAGAGGUUGCGUUCUAAGGGUACAUCAAUAACCGACUCAUAAAGCCAAGCCUUUAGGGCGGAC